CAAUUUGUCACACAUAUAUAUGUUUAGGUCUUGUUCAAGGAUGGGCUGCCAUAGUCAUGGGAAUUCUAUCAGGCAGUGUUCCAUGGUUCACAAUGAUGAUAAUUCACAAGAGGUGGACACCGCUCCAGCAAAUCGACGACACACUCGGUGUCUUCCACACCCACGCUGUCGCUGGCUUCCUCGGUGGCACCCUCACCGGCCUCUUUGCAGAGCCCACACUUUGCGCCCUCUUCUUGCCCGUCACAAACUCUAGAGGCGGCGUCUAUGGCGGCUCUGGUGGAAUCCAAUUCCUCAAACAAAUCGCCGGUGGCUUAUUUAUUAUCGGGUGGAACCUCGUGAUCACAUCGAUCAUUUGUGUUGUGAUUAGGUUGGUGAUUCCGUUGCGAAUGACUGAUGAACAGUUGAAGAUUGGUGACGAUGCAGUGCAUGGGGAGGAAGCGUACGCGUUAUGGGGUGAUGGGGAGAAGUAUGAUGCAACCAGACAUGGAGUCUACGCCGAUGAUACGAUUCAUCAAAAGACCUCCAUUGGUGCAACUCAAGUGGUCUAAUCUUGUCGCUACGUAAAACAAUUUCUUCUCUCUCUUGUCAUUAGGUCAUGUUUGAGACUCUUAUGUCUUGAAAUUCUCAUAGAAUUUUAUGAUUAGAAAUUCAUUGAGACAGAGAGAUAAAAGAGAUUUAAGACUAAAGAUGUCUCGUCUCUUUCCCCUUAUUCUCCUUCUAUUGAUUGUUAAAAGAAGUGAUUUAGAAAUUGGGGAACCAAUAUUCAUGUAUUUGUGAAUGAUGGGUGUGAAAAGUUGUUGAUUUAUUGUAGUGUGCAUUUUGUGAGCUUAAAGGUUGUUAAUGAAACAUAGAUUGGAGUUCAAUUGAUGUAGCAUUUGGAUUCAAUUUAGAAUUUUAUUUAUUUAGAAUGAUGUAAUAGUUUGGG